UUCAGCACUGCCUGCCAGCUGCGCGCAAAGAAGGCUCCGUCGUAGCAACCCGACAGACUCUGGAGUUUGUGGACAGAAUGCACACGGUGACGGUCAUGUCAUUUUAAGGUACCAUGAUUUACAAUAAUAAAGGGAACCUUCCACGGAGUUAAUCUGCCGGGUUUCAUAUAUUACACAGGACAACAGUUGAAUCACCGAGGCUCUUCUCGGUGAAGGCAGCGGUAAAGCUUUUCUUGGGUAUGGAAUAAAGCUCCAGAAGAAUGUGACUGGGAAAUGGUUUGUUUCGGACUAACUUGUCGUGUACGGUGCACAUCAAUGCCGUUACGCGUAUAGAUCACCGGUCACAUGUUGAAGUUACCCGAUGUGUGCCGCUGGUUCAGUUUUUAGUUUCAAACAGCGCUUUAUUGAAUACGGAUGUAUACACUGUUUCUCCGUUAUGUUGUAGGAUGAGCGCUGAUUUGGAGCGCGUUUCGCUCAACACAUCCGUGAACUCGGCCGGGUCGGGUGGCCGUGCACUCUCGGCAAACGUCCGGAGGCUCCACGGCGCUCUCAACUUGCUGCUCAGCGCUCUGGAGAGAGAGCAGUUCAUCCAUUGUAUUAAUGUGUACCACGCCAAGCGCAACGUUUUCGACCUGGUCCAAACUCUCAAAGUGAUUCUUAACACACCCAGCAAACGACAGCUGCUGCCCAUGCUGCGCCUGGUCAUCCCGAGGUCCGACCAGCUUCUGUUUGACCAAUACACAUCCGAGGGACUCUACCUGAAGACAGACCUGCUCCCCAGCGACGGCAGCGUGGAGGACUUUGGAGAUGAGGGCGACCCAACUCUACAAAAAUAUGUCAGUUCCAUUCAGGAGCAGUCCCUCACCUCGGGCUGUCUGGACAGUUACAGUACCGCCGCCGAGCUGUCGGCUUCUAUAGCCCUGCCUGUCCUCCAGAGCCCAUUUACAGAGGUGCGAAAAGUCACCCUGACACGCUCCAGGAGCUACGAAGGUCUGGGCUUCAGCAUCCGCGGGGGGUCGGAGCACGGCGUGGGGAUAUACGUGUCCCUAGUGGAACCGGGUUCAUCAGCAGAGAGGGAAGGACUGAGAUUCGGGGACCAGAUAGUGACCGUGAACGACAUGAUGUUCAACGAUGUCACUCACACAGACGCUGUGAAGGUGCUGAAGGGAUGCAAGAAGCUGGCAAUGUCUGUGUGUUCUAUGGGUCAGAUCCCAGGAGGCUACAUCACCAACCACGUGUACAGCUGGGUGGACCCUCAAGGCCGGAGCAUCUCCCCACCCCCCUGCAUCCAGGAGGCCAACCAGAGGAAAGGGCACAGCAUGGAGGAGAGGACGGUAAGCCUGAAUAUGGAUGAUGGCCGGUCUCUGGGCCUAAUGAUUAGGGGCGGCGCUGAGUAUGGACUAGGGAUCUACAUCACUGGAGUGGACCCUGGAUCUGCUGCAGAUGCCGGAGGACUGAAGGUGGGUGACCAGAUCCUGGAAGUCGAUGGUCAGAGCUUUGUCAUCAUCUCUCAUGAUGAGGCAGUUCACAUCCUCAAAACAGGAUGCCACCUGCGGAUGAAGGUGAGAGAUGUGGGUCGUCUGCCUCAUGCACGCACAGUGGUGGAUGAGACCAAACUGAUCUGCGGUCAGGGCACAUCUGAGACCAAUGCUACACCUAACCCAAGUUCUGUCACCAACCCUCCUGUCAGUGCUGGUAUCCAAGCUAGUGUCAGUGCCACUACCUGCACUACAAGACCAUCAUCAGCCAGAGCUACACAUUUAUUAGGAAAGCCAGGAGUAUACAGAUGUGUGGGUCCACCAGGUACUCAGGUGUCUCUGGAGCAGCAGGCCUACAUGCUGCUGACAGAGCCAGAAAGGCAGACCAUGGCCUACUACCUGCUGGAGUACCAGGAUGGACACAUAGGAGUGGAGCCACUGGCCAUGGCUCUGUUUGAGCUCUUCAACACACAUGCAAAGGGUCCCCAUGAUCUGGAGUUGUAUGACAGGCUGGUGCUACACCAUGAGAGGGAGGCCCACCAGUCCUUGCAUAGAGGCCUGGGAGUGCUGCACCCACAGGGCCACAGCAAAUACGCAGCCCCUGUAAUCCAUGAUAUAGGACACACUGUCCCUGCUACGACUGACAACUUUGUUGUUGGCUGGACAGAAAAAGAGCUGGAGGAAAACAGUAAUUCCUUCCAAAACAAUGCAAUGGAUGAAAUGCAGAUAUCAGGUGGGCCACCCUUCAGGGCUGGUUCUCACCAGGCCCAAAGCAGGCUGUCCAGGGAGGAGCUCAGCAUGAAGCCUUCGGUCCAGCUUGUACAACCUGGCUCCAGCCUGCUCUUCACUGGCCCCACCCAGCUGCUCCAAGACUGCCUCCACAAAUCCCUCCCCACCACCCACCAGCCAUCCCCAGCCUCUGCCCACCACACUUGCACUGGAAGCAGCCACCACACUUCCCUCCAUGCACUCCACCACACCUGCCAGUGUCCCUUCCAGCUCCCUGACUCUGAACACCUCAACCACCCCCACUUUGCUCAUCACUUCCACCACCAUGUUGCCCAUCACAACAAGGCCAGUUCAGGACACCACACCUGCCCAGGCCUCCUGCAACACAAUGACUCAGCUGGCCCUGCUAAAUCAGAGUCAUCUGUCAAGCUCUCUUCUAGAUCCAGUUCCUAUGAGAAGACCUCCAUCUUGUCAAAGUCUGCAGCUUCUUCCAAAGCGACAUCUCCCAUGCCAUCUCCUCAUGCAUCACCCCAUCCCUUGCCAUGCCCCUCACCCUGCCCCUCUCUCAUCACACCGGCUGCUCCACCCUGUAGUCCUGACCGGUCCUACUCACCUGCCCAUACCCAAAAAGUCAUUGUAACAGACAUGAACCGGCUGUCUGCAGACUCCAGACCACAGCAAAGAGGGGCCACUCUGUCCCAGCUGUCAGACAGUGGCCAGACUCUGAGUGAAGACAGCGGGGUGGAUAUAGCCGAGGCAGGAGGCCUCAGUAAGGAUGGCAGCCCCCGACCCAGCAAGAACCAACAGAGCCAUCUGGAACAGCCAGGAGCCCACGCACCUUCUCCAGGGGCCACCAGACAACAAAGUGGCUCACCAGUCCCAGCACCCACUGCUACCCUGGUACGAGUGGUGAAAAAUGCCAGCACCCUUGGCAUUGCUAUCGAGGGGGGAGCCAAUACACGUCAACCUUUGCCACGAAUAGUCACAAUUCAGAAAGGAGGCUCGGCUCAUAACUGCGGCCAGCUGAAGGUUGGCCAUGUUAUUCUGGAGGUCAAUGGCAUUUCCCUGAGAGGUCGGGAGCACAAGGAUGCUGCCCGGAUCAUCGCCGAGGCCUUCAAGACCAAAGAGAAGGACCACAUUGACUUCCUAGUGGUUGAGCCAGGACUCUAAUACAAGGACUUUGCACUUUAUGCAUUCUGGUUUAAGAAGACACUGUUUUAUUGUUGCUACAUGAAGUGUAUGAACAGCAUAUGAUGUUUGCCCUGUAAUCAUCAUUGUUUUAGUUUCAAAGAUUAGUGGAAUGAUGUGUCAAACUGUGAUAAUUGCACUUUACAGAGAUUUGCACAAUUUAGAUUCAGAAGAGUACAUAUUCUAUUAAGAUUUGCCAUAAAGGUCAUACAUGGGUCAAAUGCUAUUUACAUUGGUUUCACUGGAUGAGUUCAUUCUGUUUUACUAGUAUUCCAUCCCUGACUGUUAUUGUUUGACCAGGAAGACAAUUACUGUAGCACUGAUACAAAAUUUCAUAUCACAGUCAGUGAGUCUUCACUUAUUCUGCAUCCUUUGGUGGAGGCAGAAUCAAUGAACAGAUCAUUUGGGUUCAUUACAGUGAGGGAUAGAACAUCAGAAAAAACAAGGUUGUACUCAUUGAUUUAAAUACUUGUCUUUGAUAGAAAAGUAAGAUGGAGCAUAGCAUUUAAUUUGAUGAGGACAAUUUUAUCCUAACUGAAAAAAAUGAUAGAAAAGACUAGAAUUUUUCAAAUAUAGUUAAUGUCAAUGAAAAAAUAAAACUGGUUGAAGUGCAAAUAAAAUAUCAACUGUAGCUGCGGCUGCAGAGGAGGUUUACUUAUAAGCUUAGCUAAAUGGAUGGCAAACAUUGAAAACACCAGACUUUGUAUAAAAGUUUAAAGUAUAAGAUUUCAUAAUACUAGUUUU